AUGGCAGCACCUUUUGAGGCUAGGAGGACAGCAGCCCUAGUCAAGGACCCCAAGCUAUCUGGCAUCAUGAUGAACCCCCAUGUUAAACGCAGCAUCAAACACACCAACACUGAUGUCAUGACAAAGACAGGGAUGUCUCCCGUCAUCAUUAACCUCAUCAGUGGGCUGUCUGACCUCCUGACCUCUGACGUCAUCUCAGCUUUCAGUAAGAUGAUGAGUGCCCACCGUGGAGAGGUCAUCUGUACUGUCAGCACCACACACCUGUGUGUCUUUCACAACCUCAAAGACCUGAGAGUUGCUCUGAAUGGGUUCCUGGCCAGAGGAGAGACGCUCGAGCUGGAGACUAAGUCUGACCCCUCCAUCCUGGGUGGACUGACAGUCAGCAUCAGGGAAAAGUCUACCAAGACUAAGAUCCAGAAACUGACCUUAGGGAGACCUAAGAUUUGUCUUCGAUCUUAA